AUGUUGACCUCAAGCCUUCUGAAUACCCGGUUCGAUGACAGCGAUGACGAGGAUGACUUCAAUCCUGCCCCUGCCGAUGUUUCGGACGCUGAAGAUGGAGGAUCUGACCACGACGAAGACGCAGGCGCGCAGAUCCAAAGCGAGGCAGCCAGAAGACGGGAGGUGAACGAGCGGCGGUCUUCUGUAGAUGAUCGCGAUGACGAUGAAAACGAGGAUGAAGAGGAUGCCGAAGGUGAAGGGGAAGAUACAGCUCGAGCCGCACAUGAGGAUGAGGAUGAAGAAGAUGAGGACGACGACGAUGAGGAAGAGAUCACAGGUCAUCGCAGAAAACGUCGACGGGAACGCCGCAAUCAGUUCCUCGAUGUCGAAGCCGAAGUUGACGAAGAUGAAGACGAGAACGAUGACGACGAAGACGAGCUCAAUGAAAUCAAAGACAACUUCAUUGCCGAUACGCAUCCCGAUGAUUUGGCAGAUCUUCCAGCGGGAGGCGAGACGGAUGACAGGCGGCACAGGGAGUUGGAUCGAAGACGUGAGAUGGAAGCGAGCCUCGAUGCCGAGAAGCAGGCAGAAAUCUUGCGGCAACGAUAUGCCAACAAGAACAGAUCCGGGCGAGCCAUGGGAGAUUCUGCUGUGGUACCAAAGCGCUUGUUACUUCCCAGUGUCGAUGAUCCAAGCAUUUGGGCAGUCCGGUGUAAAGAGGGGAAGGAAAGAGAGGCAGUGUUCUCCAUCAUGAAGCGUAUUGAGGAGAGACUUGGCACCAAGGACGAGCUUGCCAUUACCUGUGCUUUCGAGCGUGGAGGAACACAGUCGACAAUGAAGGGCUUCAUCUACGUUGAGGCCCAAAGGCAGGCAGACAUCAUGGUUGCUCUAGAUGGGUUGAUGAACGUAUAUCCGAGGACCAAGAUGAUGUUGGUCGAGAUCAAGGAAAUGCCGGAUCUACUCAGAGUCUCGAAGACUCCUUCCCUGGAGCCUGGAGCCUAUGUGCGUUUGAGACGGCCUCCUAAGUAUGCUGGCGACCUUGCUCAAGUUAUAGAUGUCACGGACACGGGCCUCGAAAUGCGGGUAAGAUAUGUGCCUCGUCUGGAUUACGGUUUACAUGAUGAUGCCAACGCCCCCACGGAUGCAUUCGGCGCAAAGCGAAAACGGGUGGCUGCGGGCCCUCGACCCCCUCAAAGAUUAUUCAGUGAGGUGGAAGCCAAGAAGCGACAUGCAAAGUACCUGCAGGGUAACCCUAAUACAAAGACCUGGUCUUAUCUUGGCGACGAAUACAUCAACGGGUAUUGCGAAAAGGAGGUCAAGAUUCAAACUUUGGUUACGAAAGAUGUGAACCCAACUCUGGAAGAAGUCACGAGAUUUGCUUCUGGGGCUGAGGACGGCACCGAAAAUCUGGAUCUGAACGCUCUUGCUGCAAGUCUGAAAGCAAGCACGGCUAAUGCUUCAUACCUUCCUGGCGAUGUGAUCGAAGUCUACGAGGGCGAGCAGAAGGGGGUUGUGGGAAAAGCUGUGUCUGUGCAAGGCGACAUCGUCACGAUGGCUGUUUCUGAGGGCGACCUCAAGGGCCAGACAAUCGAGGUUCCAGUCAAGGGUCUCCGCAAGAGAUUUAAAGAGGGAGAUCAUGUCAAGGUCAUCGGCGGAAGUCGUUUUAGAGAUGAGGUGGGCAUGGUCGUGAAGAUUGUGGAAGAUCGCGUCACUCUUUUGAGUGACCAAGGCAAUACGGAGAUCACUGUUUUCAGCAAAGACCUUCGAGAGGCAAGCGACUCAGGUGGUAGCGGAUCUCUGGGACAAUUCGAGCUUUGGGAUCUGGUCCAACUUGAUCCUUCCACGGUGGCAUGUGUAGUCAAGGUCGAUCGCGAGUCAUUGGUUGUUCUUGAUCAAAACAGCCAGACCCGAAUGGUCAUGCCUUCCCAGAUCUCGAACAAGCUCGAGAGACGCAAACACGCUGUUGCCACAGACAGAAAUGGAUCUGAAAUUCGGGUCGACGAUGUUGUCAAGGAGUUCGGUGGAGAAGCCAGAUCUGGUAAGAUCAUUCACAUCCAUCGAGCAUACCUGUUCCUACGAAAUUCUGCGCAGAGCGAAAAUGCUGGUGUUUUUGUUGCACGCACCACAAGCGUCGCCACGGUCUCUGCAAAGGGGGGGCGAGUCACUACGACGGCAGCGGCUCCGGAUCUCAACGCCAUGAACCCCGCCAUGAAACGAAACCCGGAAAGCAAUGGCGCCAUGGCACCCCCAAAAACCUUUGGUAGAGAUCGCUCUAUUGGCCAGACCGUGACCAUUCGACGGGGGCCUUACAAGGGCUUGCUUGGAAUUGUGAAAGAGACAACAGAUACCAAUGCUCGAGUCGAAUUGCACACCAAGAACAAGACUGUGAAUGUUCCGAAGGAUGCGUUAGGAUUCAAGGAUCGGAUUAGUGGGCAGAGUAUUGAUCCCAACUCGAGAGGUGGUCACGGUGGAGGCAGAGGGGGCUUUACUCCUCGGGGUGGCAGAGGAGGUAUGGGAGGAGCUACUCCCGGUGGGUGGGAUGGUGGUCGUACGCCAGCUGCAGGUGUCGAGCGGACCCCAGCCUGGAACACCGCAAGAACACCUGCUGGGGGGGCCAACGGUGGGCGUACACCUGCCUGGAAAUCAUCUGGCGAUGCAAAUGGUGGUCGAACCCCUGCUUGGGUCGAUGGCUCACGGACUGUGAACCCGUACGAUGGCAGUAGAACGUCUUAUGGUGGUGGAAACAGAACCCCUGCUUGGUCUUCGGGGGCAAAGACGCCGGCUUACGGUCUCCAGCAGGAUGGGUUCGCUGCGGGUUCCAAGACCCCGGGAUAUGGAGGCGGUGGUGACACAUGGGGAUCAAAAACACCGGCAUACCAGCAUCCUACUCCCUCCAAUGACAAUUGGGGCUCGAACCAACCAGCGCCUAGUGGAUGGGGCGGAAAUUCAUAUGAUGCACCGACUCCUGGAGCGCAUAUGUCAGCGCCCACGCCUACGGCUAUGAACGCUCCGACUCCAGGCGCCUACUCAGCUCCAACUCCUGCGCCGUACAACGCACCGACACCUGCAGCAGCCCCAACUCCGGCCCCGUCCUGGGGAGCUCAAUGGGCACCAACUCCUCAGGCAAUGGACGCACCUACCCCUGGAGCCCAACAAGGUUAUUACGCAGCACCAACACCAGGGGCUUAUGGAAUGCCAGAGACACCAGCAGCAAACUGGCAGGACGAUGGACCUCGUUACGUAGAUUGA